AGAGGAGAGGCGUGGGCGAGUGGGGAGAGGGUUUUCGAAAGCUUCUUAUAUCUCUUCUUCUAGUCGCGGCGGAUUCCAUCAUCACUCUCCUUCCAACUGCGUGUAACCGUGCGAUAAUAUUAAUAACAACAACAACCACCCAAGGGUUUCACUUUCACCAAUCGCCGUUGUUUAACCGAUCACAACAACACCUUUAGAUCUGAAAAUUAUGGCCAGCAGAGGCGGCGGCGGAGCCACUAACGGCGGAGCAAUUCCACCGGCUUCUCGGAAGAUGGUACAGAGUCUCAAGGAGAUUGUCAACGGAGUUUCGGAUGCUGAGAUCUACGUUGCGCUUAAGGAGUGUAAUAUGGACCCUAAUGAAGCUGUUAAUCGUCUCCUAACUCAAGAUCCUUUUCAUGAGGUGAAGAGCAAGCGAGAAAAGAAAAAAGAGUCUAAGGAUACAACAGAAUCCAGGCCUCGUGGUGGUGGCAGCACUUCAAACCGUGGUGCCAGAAGUGGUACAGAUCGUUAUGCUGGACGUGGUGGUUCAUCACAGUUUAGCUCAUCUGAAUUUGGUGGCUUACAUGGAAAAUCCAAGAGGGAAAACGGGACAAGUUCCUACACAAGUUCAUCUGCACCAACUUACGGAGCUGCAUCAACUAAUACAAAUCGAACCCCUUCAACUUUCAGUGGUUCUAUCGGCUAUGAAAAUAAAGCACCGACUUUCAGCGUAGCUGAUGGUACCACAACCGUUUCACAACCGCCACUCUCUGGGUUUCAAUCGGCUUGGAUGGGUGCACCCGGUCAAAAGUCAAUGGCCGACAUCGUGAAAAUGGGCAGGCCACAAAACAAAGUUUACAGCACCCCGGUUCCACCUCAGCCUUUAUCAACACAUUAUGACGACUAUGCUUCAAAAGCUCCAGACGUUUCUAAUGAUGAUGACUGGCCAAUUACUGAGCAGCCACAAACCGUAGGUGUGCAGUCCGUUGUGGGGCCCGAGCCGCAUGUGGAGUCUGAGAAUGUGGAUUAUGAUAGAAGCAACCAAUACGUAGGUUCUCAGACGGAAGAGGGUGAGGCAGAAGACGAAAACGUCUAUGAAGAUUAUACGGCACACCAUAUUUCAAGUAGAAGUAUACAGGAGGAUGCGUCUGCGAGUGCACCUAUCUAUGAUAAUGAUUCGUAUAAAAACGUGGAUUCCUUCCAUCCUGAGGAUCAUGCUUAUGAGCAAAAGGAAGUUGAACAAGGAGACAUGUUAGCAUCUGAAGUGAGUGCAAACAUGCAGCAACUUAAUAUACAAGAAGAAAGACACUUGGAUGAACCAGAAGAUGAUGUUCCUUCUGUAGUAAUCCCAAAUCAUCUUCAAGUUCAAACUGCUAAUUGCUCACAUUUGAGUUUUGGAAGCUUUGGUUCUACAAUGAACCCCGGGUUUUCUGAACCUUUUGCAUCUAGGCAGUUAAGAAACAAAUUAGAAGACACGCCUGCUGAGGUGGAUUCUUCAUCCGUUGGGCCCUCUGAAACUAGAAAUUCGGAGUAUUUUGGUGAUGAGUCUAUAAUAACACCGGAGAACAAUCCAGUUCUUCGAACGGGACCAAGUUCCGGGAAUUACGAUUUACCAUCUGUUUCACAAAGAGAGGUUUUGAAGCAAGAAAAUCCUGAGGCAGCACACGGGAAUCAGUACGGCUUUCCUUCAUCUACACCUGGAUCUGGUUAUUCAUUUGAUAGUACCCAACUAUUGAACCCAGGUUUGCCGCAAUCUCAAACGUCUACACAGAUGCCAAACACAACCCCCUUUUCAAAUGUUAUGGCUGCUUAUACAAACUCGUUACCAAACACAUUAGCAGCAAAUGGUCAUUCUGUCAGAGAAUCUGAUCUUUCAUACUCACCGUUUCCUAUUAAUCAAUCAAUGGCUACUAAAUAUGGUAACUCAGCAUCUUCCAUCGGUGGCUCAACACUUUCUGUGACAGAGGCUUUAAAGACUGGUGUUUUCUCAUCAUCUCAACCAACACAACAAACUCCACCUGGCAAUACCGUUCCUACUGGGCCCACUCUUCCACACCACCUUGUGCACCCGUACUCUCAACCCACUCUACCAUUGGGCCCUUUUGCAAACAUGAUUGGCUAUCCAUUCUUACCUCAAAGUUAUACAUACAUGCCAUCUGGCUUUCAGCAAGCAUUUGCUGGUAACAGCACUUAUCAUCAACAGCUGGCAGCCAUGCUUCCUCAAUACAAAAACAGCGUUUCAGUCAGUAGUUUGCCUCAGUCUGCAGCUGUUCCUUCUGGUUAUGGUUCGUUUGGUAAUUCUACAGCAGUUCCUGGAAACUAUCAAGUUAAUCAACCUGCGGGACCCACUGGGUCCACUUUAAGUUAUGAUGAUGUGUUGAAUGCCCAUUAUAAAGAUAACAGUCAGUUGCUCUCUCUCCAACAGAACGAGAACCCGGCAAUGUGGGUUCAUGGAGCAGGUUCAAGAACAAUGUCGGCUGUGCCAGGAAGCACAUAUUACGGUUUUCAGGGUCAAAAUCAGCAACCCAGUGCAUUUAGGCAGGGUCAACAGCAGCAGCAGCAGCCGCCUUCACAGAGUUAUGGUGGGGCCACUCUUAACUACCCUAACUACUAUCAUUCUCAGACGGGAAUCUCUCAGGAGCAUCAACUACAGCAAAACCCUAGGGAUGGGUCACUUGUUGGUGCGUCCCAAGGCCAACCAAAACCUCAGCAGCAGUCACAGCAGCUAUGGCAAAACAGCUACUAAUCGGUUCAUACCUGACUCGAGUUUUUCAGGGUUUUGGUUCAUAUCCGGUUUUAGCUGCUGCUGCACUGUGCCUUGAGAGGUUGUAUUCUACUACUAGUGUUUUAUGGUCUUGGUUCUCGGUUAGUAUGUAGGAACGUUCACGCGUGCUAAUUUUUUGUUAGUUCGACUUUUUAUUUAUUUAUUGUUCUUCGCUGUUUUGGUUCUUUGUUCCUUUUUAAUGGGUGUUAAUUCCUCUUUCAUCUUAAAGUAAUCUAUAGUUUUUUGAUGAUGAAGUUUUUAACAUGGUUUUAAUAUUGUUCUGCAUUGGGUUAAGGAAAUGACUGCAAAUCUGGUCUUUCUUGUUCAUUCUUAAAAUUGCAUAUGCGUUUGUUGCUGUCUUUAAAAAAGACCUGUUUUUUUUUUUUUUUUUUUCCUAACCAAGGUCGGUUUGGUUUGGUAAAACAUGUGGGCAUGUUUUGUUGUGUAACAAGUUGAAAUGGGUCUGCGUCAAAAUUGGUUAUGUUGAUGGGGUUUCACAUGUUAUGUUUGUUUUUAUGGCAAAUAGUACUGGUGGUAGAGCCAAAAUGGGUUCGGGGCAAAUUAAGAUUUGUGCCACCGGCUAUGGUAGGUAGCAAAUGGUUCUUCGAUUAUGCGUUGAUUUUUAUUAAUUUUGAUCCCAAAUGCAAUAGUGAGAUCAAAACUAGACCUAGUUUAAUCGUUAGGGUUUAUAUCGAUCGACAGACCUUAGAGGUGUGCAAGGCUUGGUCAUGACAGAAAGCUGAAAAGCUUAACCAAGGCUUGACAAAAGUUUAAGAUAUCGACUGUAUUUAGUACAAUUUUUGAUUAAUUUAAGAUUUGGUUUGUUCGAAACUAGAAUCAAUCUUACGUUUAUGUUGCUGAUACGUAACCACACAACUCCCCAAGAUAGCCGUAUGUUGAUCUUCUGCGGGUUUCUCAAACAUCGAAGGUUAAAACGAGAAUUGGUGACACACAGGCCAAGUGUUUUUUGCAAAUAUUACGAAGAUGGGUAGACCUACAUUAGUCAUGGUCACACUAUAAAAUCUUGUAUAAAAGCUUACAUGAAAUAUAUGCCCCACACGAAUAUUUAAAGCAAAUGGUGAUUAUCUAAGGCAAAAGCGAACUUCCGUGUCUAAUUUUCCAAAAAAAAAA